GCCCCUCUUCACAACCUGGGCUCUUCCACACAUUCUAAAUCCGACUGGUGAACUAUGGUGAAGCUUCGACAUAUUUUACGAACCUUUUCAAACUAUUGUCACACGUUUGAGACGUUUAUAGGCGUCGAAUCACGGUGAAGGUGAGUUCGAGGGUCGUUUGGCGCCUUUGCAGAAGACAAUAGAUGAGCUGACACCGCAGGUGACUAGCGGCACCGACUUACCUGUUGCUUGCCGCCCACAUACCGUAGGUGUCGGCCCUGGUUUAUUGUGUGUGGCACGAGGUAGAGGAGCGUGCGGAGUUGACGAAUCCGAGAGCAGCGGGAAGAUGAGGACAGCAUGGCUUUGUUUCGUGUUCCUGGGGAUGAUGCUGCUGGGAAUUGAGGCGAAGGAUUGUGCGUGUACUGGGAAGUCGAGGUGUCACUGUGAAGGAGUCAAAGGCAAUAAGGGAGAAAAGGGUUACUCAGGAGAGACUGGUCCACCUGGGUCGGUUGGCUAUCCGGGCUCAGAGGGUCACCCUGGAACAGUGGGACCAAAGGGGGACGUGGGCCCUCAUGGACCUCCAGGACAAUAUGGCAAUCGGGGACCUGAGGGUAAAGAAGGAUUUGCUGGGACACCAGGUCUACCGGGCAUCCCAGGCCUUCAAGGACCAAUGGGCCAACAAGGUGCCCCAGGAUGCAAUGGAACAGAGGGGAACAGGGGUUCAACUGGUCCACCUGGACUCCACAGCAGUGAUGGAUUAAGAGGUUCACCUGGAGCGCCUGGACCAAAGGGUGAAUCUCAAACAAUUGGAAGUGGCCAACCUGGACCUAGAGGAAGAGACGGUGACCAGGGUGUCCCUGGGUCACCAGGACCGACGGGACCAUCAGGGGAAGCAGGACUUCGUGGGGUUGAGGGAUUGAUAGGCCUACCUGGAGCACCAGGAUUAAAGGGUCAAGAGGGACGCCGCUCUAGUAUCCCUGGCCCUCGUGGUCUAAAGGGACACCAAGGGCCCCCUGGAGUCCCGGGACCGAAAGGGAUCAAACUAUACGCCCACGCUCCCUUCGAUAUGAAGGGAGAGAUAGGUGAACUGGGUGAGAAGGGCUGUAAGGGUUCACCUGGUUAUGCUGGCCACAUCCAUUUUAAAGGAGCAAAAGGGGACCAAGGGGACCUUGGUACUGAGGGAAGGCCAGGGAAGGAUGGGGAACGAGGACUCGCUGGAUAUAAGGGGAGAAAGGGGAAUCACGGUUCAGCAGGUCCUGAUGGAAUCCCUGGACCAUGGGGACAGAAAGGCGUUCAGGGUCAAGAUGGUGACCCCGGGGAGGUGACCAUGAUUGGCGAGGCUGUGUUUGGCUCCGGGGGUGCCAAAGGACAACAAGGGUUGGCUGGCUCUCCGGGUCCCACUGGAGUUACUGGUCCCCCAGGUAACACCGGUUUCCAGGGGCCUCCUGGACCUCCAGCUCCUAACUAUGGAGAUGAUCCCUACAAUCGCGGAGCGAAGGGCCGCAGUGGACCUAAAGGAGAUAAAGGAGACCAAGGACCCAUCAUCCACGGCGAGCCAGGCGGAGAGGGCUUUCCAGGAACAACUGGGGAAAGUGGAGACCCUGGACCCCCAGGACCAUCUGGAGACUCAGGAAAUCUUAAGGGCUUUAUAGGACCUCCAGGGGAAAAGGGAGCCAAGGGCUUGACAGGCGAACAAGGGUACAGUGGCCAAUAUGGUUUAAAAGGUCAGAAAGGAGAGGUCUGUAGGUUGUGUACAGGAAAAGGGUCUGGAGAGCCGGGACCCCCAGGACCCCCCGGUCAGCCUGGAUUCCCAGGCUUUAAUGCAGGACCAGGGCCCAAAGGAGAGCCAGGAUUCAAAGGCCCAUCAGGACCACCUGGACGACCGGGUCCCCACGGCCCCUCAGGUGUUCCAGGGCCCCCGGGGCUGAAGGGAAAUCCAGGUUCCCACAACCACCACGGGAUAAAGGGAGAGAAAGGAUCCCCAGGACUAGCUGGCAGAUCAGGGCAGGAUGGCAAUCAAGGGAACCCUGGCUUCCCUGGACGCAAGGGCCAACAAGGCCCCAAGGGUGAUCCGUACUAUGGCCCGCCGGGUCUGAAGGGAGAUGUUGGUGUCCCAGGCCAUCCCGGACCACAGGGAUACCAAGGACCAGAUGGGUCGCCAGGUCCAGUAGGCAUAGGACCUCUUGGCCACCCAGGAUCCAAAGGCAAUAGUGGGGUACCAGGUCUACCUGGCAUAGCUGGCUACCCAGGUCAGAAAGGUGAGCCCAGCAAAAGAGUGGCUUACCAGGGAGUCCCAGGCCCACCAGGACAGAUGGGGCUGCCUGGGUUACAGGGCCCCCCAGGUCCUCGUGGUAGUGCUGGUUUACAAGGAGUAGAUGGUUACCAGGGGGAGAAAGGAGACAGUGGUGGAUUCUCCACCCUGGGAGGACGAGGACCCACUGGACCGAAAGGUGACAAAGGGCACCCGGGACCCCCAGGUACCUCUGGUAGCGGCUCUCCUGGACGACCCGGCACAUUGGGAAUCCCUGGGGAACCAGGGUCAAAGGGUGAUGUUGGGUUUGGGGCCCCAGCUCCAGUCGGCCCUAAAGGUUUCCAAGGUGGUGUUGGGGCCCGGGGACCUCCAGGAGACCCAGGGCUACUGGGACGACCAGGGAAUCCAGGACCAAUAGGCCUCAAUGGGUCACCAGGCCCCAAAGGAAGUAAAGGUGGAGUAGGUUCCCAAGGACCACCUGGUUACGCACAUACUGACUGUACAGGAGCCACAACCGGAACACCUGGUUCACCAGGCAGACCCGGACCUCCAGGUUUAAAUGGACAGACGGGUGCGCUUGGGGCCCCUGGCGCUCCAGGUUUUGGACGUUCAGGCCCGGCUGGUGACCCUGGGCCCCCUGGGGUCUCCGGACCCGGAGUGCAGGGACUAGAUGGACAGAAGGGAGGCAGAGGGAGAGAUGGGUCAACAGGCCCACCAGGUCCUCGAGGUGAUCCUGGGCUGGAUGGAAGAUCUGGAUCGGGCCCUGACGGAUUCCCUGGAUCUGGAGGACAUCCCGGCCCCAGAGGGUCGGAUGGCCGUGAUGGGGAUAAAGGCCAUAGAGGUGUACCAGGCCCUGUGGGGGACAAUGGAACCCCAGGCCCUUCUGGACCAGCACCUAUCACAGACUUAUAUGGGCUCCCAGGGGACCCUGGAAAGCUUGGUCUGCUUGGUUUUUCUGGUGCAAGAGGAGACCCUGGAUAUCCUGGACCAAAAGGCAUUGAUGGGAGGGAUGGUGACCCAGGAAAACAUGGGCCUAGAGGUCCCCCAGGUGAUCGUGGAGCCGAUGACCUAUAUUCAGUAGGAGGACCAGGCCCAUCUGGACCCAGGGGAGAUAUUGGGAGCAUGGGUUUACCAGGUCCCCAUGGAAUAAAGGGAGUUCUGGGUUACCAUGGAGGCCUGGGACAAGAUGGUAGACCCGGUCCAUACGGGCCUAAAGGAACUAAAGGAGAGCCCAGUUAUGCUCAACCAGGCCGCCUAGGACCACCUGGACAAAAGGGCGAGCCAGCCUUGUCUAACAGCCAUGGUUCCAAGGGAGAGAGAGGCUCUCCUGGUUGCGCAGGUCGUCCAGGCUCCCAAGGGCCCACUGGAGCCAAUGGAGACCCAGGACAUCAUGGACAUCAUGGACCCCUAGGUCCUGCAGGGCCACCUGGUACCGAUGGUCCUCCAGGCCCCCCAGGACCCACUCCGUCAUAUGGAGCUCCAGGACAACCAGGGUUACCUGGCCCUCCUGGUCCCUGUGGUCCUAAAGGUAACCAGGGGAGCGAUGGCAUUCCUGGACCUGCUGGUCAGAAGGGAGAGACAUUGAUUGUGGGGUUGACUCCUGGCCUACGUGGAGAGAAUGGACAGCCAGGUCCAAAGGGAGAUGUGGGUUUUCCUGGCCCCACCAUUUUGGGGCCCCCAGGGUUUACUGGAGACCAAGGCAUUGAAGGACCCCAAGGUCCUCGUGGUGAGCCGGGGCUUGGAGCCGUUUGUCUCAAAGGGCUGAAAGGAAACACUGGUCCUCAUGGCAGACCUGGAAGCCCUGGGCAACAGGGUCCACGGGGACAGCCAGGGUCUGGAGGUUAUGGAUAUAAAGGGGACAGGGGAGACACAGGCUCUCCAGGGGGCAGAGGCUUUGACGGGCCCAGAGGGGACCCAGGGCUUCCAGGGCCAUGGGGACCAAGAGCCAUCCCUGGACCUCCAGGACCAAUAGGUGACCCAGGUCACCCUGGACCCCCAGGAUUCCCCGGUGAGACGGGUGAUCCUAGUUAUAACCCCGGCACGAAAGGACCAAAUGGGGCCAAAGGCUGGCCAGGACCACCAGGUCGUCCAGGACUUGACGUGUCUGGACAAGUGAGAUUCCAUCAAGGGGAUCCAGGCCGACUUGGUCACCCCGGGAACCAAGGAUUUCCAGGUCCAAUUGGGCCGCCAGGACGGCCAGGAUUUGCAGGCCCCACAGGCCCUAAGGGUCAGCAUGGACACAGCCCUCCAGGCCUGCCUGGGUUCCCUGGACGCAAGGGAGACAAGGGAUCACCAGGACGGACAGGGCCGGUGGGCUACCAAGGGUCUCCGGGUCAGAAGGGUUCUCGUGGCCCGUGGGGCUCCAGCACGGCAGGCCUGGCUGACAGUUUCCUGCUGGCCCGACACAGCCAGACGAUCAGAGUGCCUGACUGCCCCAGAGGUACCACCCUCAUCUACUCUGGAUACUCUCUGCUCUUCAUCAAUGGCAAUGAGAGAGCCCACGGACAAGACCUAGGCUCCAUGGGCAGCUGCCUACCACGUUUCUCCACCAUGCCCUUCCUGUUCUGUGACACGGACAACACCUGUCGCUACGCCGCCCGCAACGACUACUCCUAUUGGCUGUCGACGGAGAAGCCCAUGCCGCGCAGCAUGGACCUAAUCAGAGGAGAUGAGAUAGGGAGCUACAUCAGCAGGUGUUCAGUGUGUGAGGGCAGCUCCAAUGCCAUCGCCAUCCACAGCCAGACCACCCAGACCCCAGACUGUCCUCGUGACUGGGAAUCCCUCUGGACUGGAUACUCCUUUGUCAUGCAAACGGGUGCGGGUGCUGAGGGGUCGGGGCAGCCGCUAGUCUCCCCAGGCUCGUGCCUGGAACACUUCCGCCAGGUCCCCUUCAUCGAGUGCCACGGCCGGGGAACCUGCAACUACUUCCCAGACUCCUACAGCUACUGGCUGGCCUCACUCGACCCGAAUCGCAUGUUCAGUAAGCCUGUGCCCCAGACUGUGAAGGGACGUCUUCUAGAGAAUGUCAUCAGUCGCUGCCGCGUCUGCAGGAAACCCUAUUGAACAUUGCCAGGGGCCGGAACAAGAGUUGGGUAAAUUACCAUCGAGAGGAGGGUCUAAGGAGAUUGACUGGCCUAUGGGGAUGACAGGUAGUGUAGGUCAGUGGUCAGUAGCACUUUAUUUUAUGGUACUGUUUCCACUAUUAUUUAAUAGGAGUUUAUUUGCUAACAACAGGUACUUUCUGGUAUUUUCUUCAAGAAUUCCCAACACUUUGUAACUACCUGGUAUUGAAUGGUGCUUAGUAGUGCUUGUUUUAAUGAAUCCCAAAUAAGUAAUGCAUAUGUUAUUGAUGUGAAAUGACCAUAACAUUACCUUGUUAUUUUCUAUACUGUAAAAUAAAGUGCUACCCUCACUCCGGA